CCCGGGCCCCCCGGCCCAGCCCAGAACAAUCGACCAUGACCACCGAAUCAGGAUCAGACUCGGAAUCCAAGCCGGAGCAGGAGGCCGAACCCCAGGAGGCGGCGGGGGGCCAGGGGGUGCAGCCGGGGGCGCAGCCGGGCCCCGAGCCGGCCGAGGAGCAGCCCCAGGCGCCGGAGCAGUUCGAGGAGGCCGCAGCGCACAGCACGCCUGUGAGGAAGGAGGUCACUGACAAGGACCAGGAGUUUGCUACCGGACCUGCCAAGCAGCUCGAAUAUCAGCAAUUUGAAGACGAUAAACUUUCUCAGAAAUCAUCUAGCAGCAAACUAUCUCGAUCUCCAUUGAAGAUUGUCAAAAAGCCUAAAAGCAUGCAGUGCAAAGUGAUACUUCUGGAUGGAUCAGAAUAUACCUGUGAUGUAGAGAAACGCUCCAGAGGCCAAGUGCUGUUUGAUAAAGUCUGUGAACAUCUGAAUUUGCUAGAAAAAGACUAUUUUGGGCUUACAUAUCGAGAUGCUGAAAACCAGAAGAACUGGUUGGAUCCUGCUAAGGAAAUUAAAAAACAGAUUCGAAGUGGUGCUUGGCACUUUUCGUUUAAUGUGAAAUUUUACCCACCAGACCCUGCCCAGCUCUCUGAGGAUAUCACCAGGUACUACCUCUGCUUGCAGCUCCGUGACGACAUCGUGUCUGGCAGGCUGCCCUGCUCCUUUGUCACGCUGGCCCUGCUGGGCUCCUACACCGUCCAGUCGGAACUGGGCGACUACGACCCGGACGAGUGUGGCAGCGACUACAUCAGCGAGUUCCGCUUCGCCCCAAACCACACGAAAGAACUGGAAGACAAGGUCAUCGAGCUGCACAAGAGCCACAGAGGAAUGACGCCAGCAGAAGCAGAGAUGCAUUUUUUGGAAAACGCCAAAAAACUCUCCAUGUAUGGGGUCGAUUUACACCAUGCCAAGGAUUCUGAAGGAGUCGACAUCAUGUUAGGCGUGUGUGCAAGUGGUUUGUUGAUAUAUCGUGACCGACUUCGCAUCAACAGAUUUGCCUGGCCAAAGGUUCUAAAAAUUUCAUACAAACGGAACAACUUUUACAUUAAGAUCCGGCCAGGAGAGUUUGAACAAUUUGAAAGUACCAUCGGGUUUAAGCUGCCAAACCAUCGAGCCGCCAAGCGUUUAUGGAAAGUAUGUGUAGAACACCAUACAUUUUUCAGACUGUUGUUACCAGAAGCGCCUCCAAAGAAGUUCCUCACCUUGGGUUCCAAGUUCCGUUACAGUGGCCGGACACAGGCCCAGACCAGAAGAGCCAGCGCGCUGAUAGAUCGUCCAGCCCCGUACUUCGAGCGCUCGUCCAGCAAACGUUAUACCAUGUCACGCAGCUUGGAUGGAGCGUCAGUGAAUGAAAACCAUGAAAUAUACAUGAAGGAUUCUGUGUCCGCUGCAGAGGUUGGUACUGGCCAGUACAUCACCACAAAGGGCAUGUCUCAGACCAACUUGAUCACCACUGUGACUCCGGAGAAAAAGGCCGAGGAGGAGCGGGACGAGGAGGAGGACAGACGGAAAAAGGCCGAGGAAACCACGCCGGUAGCUGCCGUCCGGCACGAGGGAAAGACGGACAGUGAGCGCACAGACACAGCAGCUGAUGGGGAAACCACCGCUACUGAGAAUAGUCUGAUUAAGCGAAUAAAGGGUGAAAAUGUGUAUGUCAAACAUAGUAAUCUUAUGUUAGAGGAGCUAGAUAAAACCCAAGACGACCUGAUGAAACAUCAGACCAAUAUUAGUGAGCUGAAAAGAACCUUUUUAGAAACCUCCACAGACACUGCCAUCACGAACGAGUGGGAAAAGAGGCUUUCCACCUCCCCCGUGCGACUAGCCGCCCGGCAGGAGGAUGCGCCCAUGAUCGAGCCGCUGGUACCCGAAGAGGGCACAGAGGAUUGGGUUAUUGUAGACAAAGUGCCCACUGAGGUAGCUGAUGGUGAUUCAAAAAAGACUGUGACGUACAAGGUGGUGACCUUGAGCAGUAGAACUGGUGACAUCCCCACCGACCUCUUAGGAUCGAGCACCGUGAAAGUGCAGAGCUUUGAAGAUUUGGCCCAAGAAAUGCACUUGAAGGAAGAGAACAAGCAGAAGAUAUACACUCUCGGAAAGUCCUAUGACACCGUGUCGGGAAAAAUUGUCACGAUGACCGGAAAAGGCAGAGAAGGCGAGAAGGUGCUCUCGCCCUCCACUGUGGAGCGGGGACUGGCCGAGUCCAUAAAGACCCCCCUCGUCCUGGCUGAGUUCGAGGUCCUGGGAGCUGUGGCCGAGGACAGGGCCAGGAGGGGGGCCGAGGUCCACACCCCGAAGCGGAGGCUGUCGGAAUCGCUGGCCCCCAUCAAGGAAGCCGAGUCCCGACGGCAGAGCCCAGAGGACGAUGCUGUGGGGAAAGCCCAGGUGCCCAGGAGGGAUGCCGGCCCGGAGGGCCCGCGACUGGGCCGAGCGGAGCCCGAGGCCGAGGCCUUGAAGGUGGGGCCCUUUGGUCCCCGCAGGAAGAGCCUGUCCGAGUGGAGGUACUCGCAGGAACCAGCCGUCACCGUCGCCACUGCCCGUUAUGUCGUCACCAAGUCGGCCGCAUCCCGAGUCGUGACCAAACAGACCUCUGGCGAAAAGCUCAUGGACGGCUCAGAAAUCCUCAGCUUAUUAGAGUCCGCGAGAAAACCGACAGAGUUCAUAGGCGCGGUCACUUCCACUUCUCAAAGCUGGGUGCAGAAAACAGAAGUCAAGACGGAGUCCAGCGAUAUAGAGACAGAAACAGCCCAGCAACCCCAGCCACCUAGUGUGGAGAAGGUUGUGCAGGAAACGGUGUUGGUGGAGGAGAGACAUGUGAUGAAUGUGCAUGCGAGCGGGGAUGCUUGUUACGCAGCUGGAGAUGACGCAGACACUGCGACCCAGGCAGCACCUGCUGAUGCUUCUGGCGCAAAAGGGAAGGAGGGCUCAGCUCUUACUGAGGGGGCAAAGGAGGAGAAAGGGGAGGUGGCCGAUAAAGUUGUUGUGGAGCAGGACGAAAUGGCCACUGUUUCCUGUGAGCCAGAGGAGGAGCAGAGUGCAGCCGUCCACGUUUCAGAAACUUUGGAACAAAAACCUCAUUUUGAGUCUUCAACUGUGAAGACAGAAACCAUCAGCUUUGGCAGCGUUUCACCAGGAGAAGUAAAGCUAGAAAUUUCUACCAAGGAAGUGCCGGUAGUUCACACAGAAACAAAAACUAUAACGUAUGAAUCAGCACAGGUCGAUCUUGGUGCUGACUUGGAGCCAGGUGUGCUCAUGAGCGCGCAGACCAUCACAUCUGAAACCACCAGCACCACGACCACCACCCACAUCACCAAAACUGUGAAAGGAGGCAUUUCAGAGACGAGGAUUGAGAAGCGAAUCGUCAUCACUGGAGACGCGGACAUUGACCAUGACCAGGCGCUGGCUCAGGCAAUUAAAGAGGCCAAAGAGCAGCAUCCUGACAUGUCAGUGACCAAAGUAGUGGUCCAUAAAGAGACAGAGAUCAGCCCGGAGGAUGGAGAAGACUGAGCCCAGGAAUAACCUAGGCUGCACACGAAGCCAGUUAUGCAAACCAUUAGGAAAAAACAGAGUCUAUAUGGCGUUCCCUCUUCUAACCCACUGACUUGUAUCUGCCCGUGGACAAUUUCAAUCCAGAAGAACUGACUUUGACCAUUUGAUAGACACUGGCAGAGAGAUCUUCCCAUAAUAAAGCAAUCUGAAUCAGCACCACUAAACCAAUAUUGCAUGAAGCAACGAUACAGUUACAAAAAGAGCAGCAUUUUUACUUUUCACACCGUGUCUCCGUUUUCGGCUCCACCUGCACGUUCAUAACCAACGAUAGAAACCGUGAUCUCAUGUAACACAUACAGCAGUCCAUGCCUUUCAUAGCUGAUGAUGAUUAAAGUCUAAACAAAAUUGCAGUUUCUUAGGUGGCAAAUCUUUUGUUUACAGAUCAACAAAGAUUACCCUCAACUGCUAGAAGCUGUCUAGGUCCACUGUGUCAGGUUUUUCCCAGAUUAGAUGUGCCAAUAACCGAGUUUAUUCAGUAAACAACUUGAAUCUUGUUAUUUGUUUCCUCUGGUUUAUUACUCUCACCCAUCAACGGUAAUGACUCUCCAGAAAUAUUUAAUGCUCACAAUCCUGCUUUGUGUAAUCUAAUUUAAUUCGUUAUAAGGUAGUACUGAUUUUAGCAUAUUAAUGUGAUUUCUUCCCUGUCAUCUGCUUUGGUCCGUGUUCAAUCUGGAAAGCUUCCCAGGGUACCCUGACGAGUCCUAAAUAUGUAAAAUGUCAUUAUUUUGGAAAGAAAACCUGUAUUUUUGUUAGUUUACCAUAAUGAUGAAACUUCAGUCCGGGAAAACUCGUUGGGCUUCCGUUGCUUUUGUUUCCUUUCUUCAUUUCUCCUUCCUUGUAUUUUUUUUUUAAUUUUCUUUUUUUACUUGAAAAAAGUGUUUUAUUUCCAAAUCUGGUCCAUAUUUACAAUCUAGUUCAGAGCCAAGCCUUAAACUGUACAGAAUUUCCACUGUAAUUAAACUAUUUAGCAUUGAGUUAUAAAUAGCCUUCAAGAAGAUAUAUUCUCCAUUUCACUGUCAACUGCAUCGCACAGCCCCUGGUGAAUGUAUGUUUCCGCAUAGCAAAAUAAAAAUGGUCAAUGCAUUUAAA